CGACGCACACGACGUCGCACGUGUACAGUAACGAAUUGGACAGGUACCGGCUCCACUGAUGUAGCAAUGCAAAAUGAGCCACAUAUUGGAGAAGGCGAUUUCAGUGAUUUCGCAACAACCGAACGAUCGCAAAGACGUCGAUAUCGAUUUAUUGAUUCCGUGGUUCAAGAAAAAAAGCGACUUAUUUCAAGGAGCUACGCCAGAAGUUGUUAAGGAUAUCAUACGAAACUGCCAGUAUUUGCACGCGGCACAAGAUGACGUCAUAAUCAACCAAGGUGACAUCGGCAAUUCAUUUUAUAUUAUUUUGAGUGGGCAAGUAGCUGUGUACAUCCGAAACACACAAUCCGAUGACGAAGACGAGGUGAGCGAUGACGAAGCACGCACGAAAACAAAAGAACGCCGAUCAAGGACUUCCAGUAAAAGAGCUUCCAGCAAAACAUCAGUCGGAUCCGCUAGACAUCUGCGAGACCUGGAGAAUGGAGACGAGUUACCAGAGAGCAGUGACGACGAUAACGCUGAGGGCGGUGAUGAUGAUAAUGAGGGGGAUGAUGAUGAUACGAAUACCGUGACCGAGGCGGAGAGACGAGCUUCCUAUAGACCACUGGAUAGAAGUGAAUUUGGCACACAUAUACGUUUUGUGGGUGCUGGUGGCAGUUUUGGUGAACUGGCGUUGCUACAUGAGAACUGUGUUCGUAAUGCGUCCGUCAUCGCCAAUGCCGUGACAGACAUGAUUGUGGUGGACAGAGACCUAUAUAGUCGGUCUCUAAAAGCAGCACAGGAACAUGAAUUAAAAGAGAAAUAUGCUUUCAUAGAUACCUACCCAUUGUUUAGGUCAGUAAACUGA